CUUUACUUUUAAAAGCAAUAAAUCUCAUUACAAUUUUUACUAAAACAAAAGAAGAGAAAAAUGGAAUACAUUUGAAUCUGUUUGUUUAAGUGAUGAGAAGAAGAGAUUUUGAGUUUAAUAAUGCAAUGUUCAAUCCUUUCACAACUCAUUACAGCUCAGAUAUGAACUGGGCACUCAACAAUCAUCAAGAAUUAGAAAACCCAGAAGAAGAAGAGCCACGAAGAAUUGAAAUUUCUGAUUCUGAAUCACUAGGAAACUUGAAAAGCAGCGAUUUUUAUCAACUGGGUGGUGCUCUGAAUUCGACAGAAAAACCGAGAAAAAUCGAUUUUUGGCGGUCGGGGUUGAUGGGUUUUGCAAAGAUGCAGCAGCAGCAACAGCUUCAGCAUUCAGUGGCGGUGAAGAUGAAUAGUAAUAACGAUCAAAUGGGUAAUAAAAAAGGGUCAACUUUCAUACAAGACCAUCGAGCGUUGUUACCAAAAGCUUUGAUUCUGUGGAUCAUCAUUGUUGGGUUUAUAAGCAGUGGGAUUUAUCAGUGGAUGGAUGAUACUAACAAGGUUAGAAGAGAAGAGGUUUUGGUGAGCAUGUGUGAUCAAAGAGCUAGAAUGUUACAGGAUCAAUUUAGUGUUAGUGUUAAUCAUGUUCAUGCUUUGGCUAUUCUCGUCUCCACUUUUCAUUAUCACAAGAACCCAUCUGCAAUUGAUCAGGAGACAUUUGCGGAAUACACGGCAAGAACAGCAUUUGAGAGACCGUUGCUAAGUGGAGUGGCUUACGCUGAAAAAGUUGUGAAUUUUGAGAGGGAGAUGUUUGAGCGGCAGCACAAUUGGGUUAUAAAGACAAUGGAUAGAGGAGAGCCUUCACCGGUUAGGGAUGAGUAUGCUCCUGUUAUAUUCUCUCAAGAUAGUGUCUCUUACCUUGAGUCACUCGAUAUGAUGUCAGGCGAGGAGGAUCGGGAGAACAUUUUGCGAGCUAGAGAAACCGGAAAAGCUGUCUUGACAAGCCCGUUUAGGUUGUUGGAAACUCACCAUCUCGGAGUUGUGUUGACAUUCCCUGUCUACAAGUCUUCUCUUCCUGAAAACCCGACUGUCCAAGAGCGUAUUGCAGCCACUGCAGGGUACCUAGGUGGUGCGUUUGAUGUAGAGUCUCUUGUCGAGAAUUUACUCGGCCAGCUUGCUGGUAACCAAGCAAUAGUUGUGCACGUGUAUGAUAUCACCAAUGCAUCAGAUCCACUUGUCAUGUAUGGCAAUCAAGACGAAGAAGGCGACACAUCUCUCUCUCAUGAGAGCAAGCUUGAUUUUGGAGACCCCUUCAGGAAACAUAAGAUGAUAUGCAGGUACCACCAAAAGGCACCAAUACCGUUGAAUGUGCUCACAACUGUGCCAUUGUUCUUUGCGAUUGGUUUCUUGGUGGGUUAUAUACUAUAUGGUGCAGCUAUGCACAUAGUAAAAGUCGAAGAUGAUUUCCAUGAAAUGCAAGAGCUUAAAGUCCGAGCAGAAGCUGCUGAUGUCGCUAAAUCGCAGUUUCUUGCCACCGUGUCUCACGAGAUCAGGACACCAAUGAAUGGCAUUCUCGGAAUGCUUGCUAUGCUCCUAGAUACAGAACUUAGCUCGACGCAGAGAGAUUAUGCUCAAACCGCACAAGUAUGUGGUAAAGCAUUGAUUGCAUUGAUAAAUGAGGUUCUCGAUCGCGCCAAGAUCGAAGCUGGCAAGCUGGAAUUGGAAUCAGUACCAUUUGAUAUCCGUUCGAUAUUAGAUGAUGUCCUUUCUCUAUUCUCUGAGGAGUCGAGGAACAAAGGCAUUGAGCUCGCGGUUUUCGUUUCAGACAAAGUACCAGAGAUAGUCAAAGGAGAUUCAGGGAGAUUUAGACAGAUAAUCAUAAACCUUGUUGGAAAUUCGGUUAAAUUCACAGAGAAAGGACAUAUCUUUGUCAAAGUCCAUCUCGUGGAACAAUCAAAAGAUGAAGCUGAACCGAAAACCGCAUUGAAUGGAGGAGUGUCUGAAGAAAUGAUUGUUGUUUCCAAACCGUCGAGUUACAACACGUUGAGCGGUUACGAAGCUGCUGAUGGUCGGAAUAGCUGGGAUUCAUUCAAGCAUUUGGUCUCUGAGGAGCAGUCAUUAUCGGAGUUUGAUAUUUCUAGCAAUGUUAGGCUUAUGGUUUCAAUAGAAGACACCGGUAUUGGAAUCCCUUUAGUUGCGCAAGGCCGUGUUUUUAUGCCGUUUAUGCAAGCGGAUAGCUCGACUUCAAGAAACUAUGGAGGUACCGGGAUUGGUUUGAGUAUAAGCAAGUGUCUUGUCGAACUUAUGCGUGGUCAGAUAAAUUUCAUAAGCCGGCCUCACAUCGGAAGCACGUUCUGGUUCACGGCUGUUUUAGAGAGAUGCGAUAAAUGCAGUGCGAUUAACCAUUUGAAGAAACCGAAUGUGGAGCACUUGCCUUCUACUUUUAAAGGAAUGAGAGCCAUAGUUGUUGAUGCUAAGCCCGUUAGAGCUGCUGUGACUAGAUACCAUAUGAAAAGACUCGGAAUCAAUGUUGAUGUCGUGACAAGUCUCAAAACCGCCGUUGCUGCGGCUGCUGCGUUUGGAAGAAACGGUUCUCCUCUUCCAUCCGGAACAACAAAACCGCAACUUGAUAUGAUCUUAGUAGAGAAAGAUUCAUGGAUUUCAACUGAAGAUAUCGACUCAGAGAUACGUGUAUUGAAUUCAAGAACCAAUGGAAACGUUCAUCAAAAGUCUCCAAAACUCGCUCUAUUCGCAACAAACAUCACAAAUUCGGAGUUCGACAGAGCUAAAUCCGCAGGAUUUGCAGAUACGGUAAUAAUGAAACCGUUAAGAGCAAGCAUGAUCGGGGCGUGUCUGCAACAAGUUCUCGAGCUGAGAAAAACUAGACAACAACAUCCCGAAGGAUCAUCACCCGCAACUCUCAAGAGCUUGCUUACCGGGAAGAAGAUUCUUGUGGUGGAUGAUAAUAUAGUUAACCGGAGAGUAGCUGCAGGAGCUCUCAAGAAAUUUGGAGCAGAAGUGGUUUGUGCAGAGAGUGGUCAAGUUGCUUUGGGUUUGCUUCAGAUUCCACACAAUUUUGAUGCUUGCUUCAUGGAUAUUCAAAUGCCACAGAUGGACGGAUUUGAAGCGACUCGUCAGAUAAGAAUGAUGGAGAUUGAAGCUAAAGAGAAGACGAAUCUCGAAUGGCAUUUACCGAUUCUAGCAAUGACCGCGGAUGUGAUACACGCGACCUAUGAGGAAUGUCUGAAAAGUGGAAUGGAUGGAUACGUCUCCAAACCUUUUGAAGAAGAGAAUCUCUAUAAAUCCGUUGCCAAAUCAUUCAAACCUAAUCCAACAAUCUCAGCUUCGUCGUAAUCCAAUCUUCCGGCGAGUUUUUUUUUCUCUCAGCAGCCGGAAGAAUGGACCGAUUCUGCUGAUUGGUUGGGAUAAAUAUGCAUUUUGGUUUCUGUACAUAUAGGUUCACAAUCCAGAGAUUUUGAAGGUUUUUUUCUUGUCACCUAAGUAAUGUAGCUUGCUAUGACCAGUAUGUUGUUAAACGACAACGUCUCGACUGUUCAGUGUUAAUCUUAGCGUAAGUAUUAAUCCCACGGGAAUCGCUUGUACUGUAUCAGAUUUGGUUAGUCGUUUAAACAUCAGUUUCGUGUAAUUUUCUAAUAAUCACUUGUUUUCUUA